AGAUAAUCUAAAUAAUGGGAUUAUCUGAUCACGUGGUUGACAACGUGACCUCAUAGUAACUAGUAACUUAACGACGAUAUUGAUAUACUACACUACCUAUACACGUCAAGUGAUUGCUGCUUGUGCUACUAUUAUUAAUAAAUAAUAACAGUUCACUUGGUUCAGUUGAAGUCUACAGAAAAUUUUCACAAAGGGUAUACUAUAACCAUCAACAUGAGUAUAUAUAAAGAACCGGCAUUUAGAAGUAUGAUUCGAGCCAGUGGGUUGGGCGAAGAAUGGGUUCAUGACCACGAUGAAAGUAAGUUUAAACAAGUUGGUUGGAGAUGUACGACAAAAGAAGAUGCGUCAUAUGGUAAUAGUACUCUGAUUGGAAACUGGAAUGAAAAACGUUUUGAUAUCGGUAAAGCCAAAGAGACUAAACCACUUCCAUCACAAUACAACCAUUACUUUGAAUCUACAUACGACACUGGUUACAAUUUAAAGAAUGCAGGAGUCCCAAGAGAAUUGAAAAAUUUGAAAGAACGACAUAGUCACGCCUUUCCUAGUCAUCAACCAGAGCUCGAUCUUCCCAGUCUUAAAUCCCAGUAUAAUAGCUGGGAAACAACUUCAAGAGCAGCUUACGUGGAUCCGAAAAUACGAGAGCAUCCUAUCACAAAUGUAGUUCAAGAAACAAGAACAUCUUAGUUAGUAAAAACUUUCAGAAAGCAUCAAGACAGUCGUUAAAAAAUAUCAGAAGAAAAAAUUCAGUCUUUUUGUGCUUGUUUACUUUAUGUUUUUAAAAAUCAAAUCAAAAUGAACUCUUGCAAUCCAUGUUGUUAUUAUGUUAUUUUGUAAAUAAAAAAGAGGAUAUUACUUCUUAUAAUAAGCCCCUUG